AUUACACAUUUGCACCAAUAUUUCCACAUGACAUUUGGAGUUUUGGACAUACCCCAUAACAAACAAAGUCAUUUCGCAUUUUCGCUCUUCAUCUGCCAUCUUGCAUUUCUCAUCUCUCCCUAAAAACUUCUGCAAACUACGCUCUACUUACUACUUGGUUUGUUCUUGAAUUGUCUACUGUGAUAACCAUGGCAGGAAGGAUUGCUGCAAGAUAUGUAUCUAGGAGGUUUUCAAGUGGUGGUAAGGUUCUGAGUGAGGAGGAAAAAGCUGCAGAGAAUGUCUACAUCAAGAAAAUGGAGAAAGAGAAGUUGGAAAAGCUUGCACGUCAGGGCCCUAAACCAACCGAGGGACAAGCAACUAGCUCAGGAGCUCCAGCAACUGAAGCUGUGAAGCCAAGUGGCCCCGACACAUCAGCUCCUAAGACAUCGACUGACAAGCACCGCAAUUAUGCCAUUCUGGCGGGAUUGAUCACUGCUGUGGGUGCUGGAGGGUGGUACUGGAAAUCUGGUUCAAAGAAGACUGAAGAAGUUCAGGACUGAUUGGCUUCCUAAAUGCUUUGGUUCUCUCUCUAUUCUAGGGCGGUGCUUGGACAUGUCUGAUAAAGAAUCAAUGAGAUUCUGUGAUAAAACACUUAAGACAUUUUUUUUGUUAGACAUUCCCUUAUCCUCUAGUUUACUUGCACAUGCACUGAAGAGCUCAUGAGUCAUGAUAUACUCACUAUAUACACUGUUGAAUGGAAAUAGGUUGAGUCUCGAAGAUCAUCCCUUAUUUGGUUAUUGUGUUUGGCCGCGUGGUUGUCGUAAAUCUACACUCAAGUUCCCAUUUCA